AUGGAAGCGCUCAAUUCCGGUAAUGAAGCGGUGAAAAAGGUGAGAAACUGUGUGAAGUAUGUGAAAACCAACGAGAUUCUCGAAGAGAAAUUUCUUGAACUCAAACAACAACUUCAAGUCUCGAGCACGAAAACUUUACAACUUGAUGAUCAAAAUCGAUGGAAUACAACUUACGAGAUGUUACAAACGGCAUCGGAAUUGAAAGAGGUGUUCUUCUUUUUAGACACCUCCGAUGCCGAUUACAGCAAAGCCCCAGCCCCGAAUGAAUGGAAUCAUGUCGAGAAUCUUUGCACGUAUUUAAAACUUCUUUUCGAUACCGCGAAUCUGCUGACAUCAUCAACAAUUCCGACGACUAAUACGUUCUUCCACGAAGCAUGGAAGAUCCGGCUGGAAUUGGCACGUGGGGCAACCAGCGAAGACGUUUCCAUCAGCGGAAUCGCGAUUCCGAUGCGGGAGAGUUUCGAUAGGUAUUGGAAAAGCUGUUGUUUGAUUCUAGCGAUUGCGGUGGUGAUGGAUCCGCGGUUUAAAAUGAAGCUUGUUGAGUUUAGUUUCACGAAGAUUUACGGGGAGGAAGCGGUGAGUUAUAUAAAUUUAGUGGAUGAAGGGAUACACCAGCUGUUUCUUGAGUAUGUUGCGCUUCCGGUGGCGGCAGGUGGUGGUGGUGUGGCGGCGGGGGGUGAUGGUGGUUUGGAUGUUGAGGGAGUUGGUAUGACGGAUUUUGAUAUGUAUAUAAUGGAGACGGCCAGUCAACAAUCGAAGUCGGAAUUGGAUCAGUAUUUGGAGGAAUCGCUGUUGCCGAGGGUGCAUGAGUUUGAUGUUGUCGGGUGGUGGAAAUUGAAUAAGGUGAAGUAUCCGACGCUUUCGAAAAUGGCGAGGGAUAUUUUGACGAUUCCGGUGUCGACAGUGAUUCCGGAGUCGGUUUUUGAAGUGGGGAGAAAUGAGAUGGAUCAGUAUCGGUGUUCAUUGAGGGCGGAAACGGUAGAGGCGAUUGUUUGUGCUAAGGAUUGGCUUCGGAAUGGGGGUGAGGGUGAUUCCGGGGAAUUGAUGAAGCCUUUGGCGAAGAUGGAAUUCCCGAUUUGA